AAUUCGCCAGCCAAGGCGAGCUUCACAUUUUUUCGGAAUGCGUUAAGGAUCAGUUUUGCGCGAAUUACGGUAACGAGAGGUUGCUGACGACACAUAGCCGGAAUCGGGCAGAAACAUUUUCUGUUGUUUCGCUUGUAUAAGCUCCCAGGACUCAUUGUGUGCGUGUGUAUUUGCUCCGUGAUUUGAAAACUUCGCAGUCGAAAACUUCAAAACUCUAUGCGAAAAGCAGCAUACCUCUAUGGGUACUGACCUAUGCCAAAAUACUCUCGGAACGCGACUCACUUAAGCGAAGAACUGGUCAGCUUUGAAGACCGAAUAUACUUUUUACCAUUUUUGAUAUCGACGUGUACAAUAGAUGUAAUAACAGAUACAGUAACCUAGUGCUUAAUAUUAUAGAUUGUAGGCAACAAAUCUUCCGUUCAAAAUAUCAUAUCCCCAGGCUAAUAAAAUGUCCUAAAAAUUCUUUAAGCGCUUUGAAACAGGAAAAUAAAGUAGUCGCCGAACAUUUCCCUAGAUCGCUCGCUUAAAUCUGAAAUGGUUGUGAACUGUUGUAAACUUAUUGCAAUAUCAGUAGAGUUCUUUAUAAUUAGCCGUAUUCCAUAACCCGUGUUGCAUUGGACACACCAUAUAUCUAUAAAAAUUAAAAAAAACUAAGGGGGCCAGUAAUCACUUAUUCAUUAGUUGUCCCGUGAAAGGUGCAUUGGGCAAUCUGCCCGAAUUAUUAGUGAAUCGUCGAACCAAAAUUAAAAAUUUUCAAACGGAUAAGAAAAACACAAAAAAAAAAAAAAUUAAAGUCAGUGAAAACUUCAAUUAAAAUUGAGUUAUAUUCGAAACUGGAGACUAGGAAUAGAUGUUGGCCUCGCAGUUUUGAAAAUCUAUCUCAUUAAUCCCAUCUAUGUGCCGGUAAUCUGAAAUGAUGAGUUAUCAAAAAGGCCUGAAGGACCCAAGCCUGGAUAGGCACGUUGGCAAAGCCAAAUCACGGCAUUUUACGGUGAACGGUCUAAGUGCCAAUAACACGCUUCAGCAGCAACAGUACAACCUGCCGCCGUCGAAUGACACUCGCAAUAUCUACAACAAUCCGUAUAUUCCGCCGCAGCAACAGCAACAGCAACAAACGCAGCAGACACAGCAGCAGCGAACAGCCCACUUGUUCAAGGCCCUGGCUGCCUCGGCGACUGGGAGCAACAGUCUGACCCAUCCGUACGACUUUUCCAACUCGUCAUCCUCCUCGAACGCCAACAACGAGCUCCAGGGAUCAUCCUCUUCGGAAGCCGAUAACGCUUUUCUAACUCAUAAUAACGGUGAGUUCAUUCGAUACGACUGCCUAAAAUGUUUGACGGUAAAGACGGUUUCAAAAGAUUUUUCCGUUUUAUAAAGAGAAAUAUUUUUCACCUUUUUGUAUAAAUAUGAUAAUUUUGAUUUUUGCAUGUCUCCCUCACCCAUAUUCAUUUUACCAUUGCUAAGCAAAUAAAAAUCGAGCCUAGUGUAAAAAUAAAGUGGUUUUGCCGAAAACAUGUAAGAUUCGUAAUAUAGUAAUAUAUACUGCCUACAAUGGCCCUUAGUUUUCGACGUGUUUUGGUGUGCAGGGGAGUUCUAUUCCGAUUGAAACCGUCCAAAACUGAGGCCAACUGUGAGGCGUGAGCAUCUAAAAAUUAGCGCGUUGUUUUCAAUUCUAACUUAAAUUACUUCAGAAACACCCACACUAGCUUUUUGUUGUCAUUGGUUUCUUACUCUUCUUUGACAUCGCUCUGUUAUGUACUUGUUCACAAUAUUUUCACAACUCUUAAACUGAAAUAGAAUUCACUCCUGCAACCCUGCAAGACGUACGUAAAUUACCAUUUAGUAUUCACUUUUGAUUCAAUAUUGAGUUCUUUUUAUUGUUUUCUGUCUCAAUACAUGCCGGAAAGUGCUUCGAGUGUUGGUGCAAAGUGAAAAAUUUGGUAGUGCUGUGGUCUCCUUAAGAGUGCGGAAUCGGGAGAGAAUAAAACAAAGUCACAAAUAAAAUAUGUAUUUCAUACAUCGUCAA